AUGGAUAAUGUAGCCAGAAGAAAAAAUGCUACAAGAGAGACAACCAACACACUAAAAGCAUGGCUCUACGAACACAGAAAGAAUCCGUAUCCAACCAAAGGAGAAAAGAUUAUGUUGGCUAUUAUCACGAAGAUGACAUUGACACAAGUUUCCACGUGGUUUGCUAAUGCUCGCAGACGGCUGAAGAAAGAAAACAAAAUGACUUGGGAACCUAAAAAUAAACCGAAUGAUGCAGAAGAAAUUGAAGAAGUGAAUGACAAUUCCGUCUCAACAGACGAAACUUUUUGCAAGGAUGUCAAAACUAAAGAACUUAGAGAAAAAUCAGAGGAUAACAGUAGUGUUGAUCAAGCGUCUACACCACCACUUUCAUUGGACAACGAGCUUGAAGAGAGAAAAACAAAGGAUAAAGUUGGAGAAGAAAAUUACAACUCAACUUUCCGAGAAAUCUUGGAUCACUCUUCGCCCCAGAAUCUGUCCUCAGAGAACAAGCAGUUUACGCUGCCCUCAGCCAGUAGAACGUACCACCAGCAUAUACCUUCCCCUGGAUCAACGGCCUGUCAAAAUACGACUAGCCCUGGUUCCCCCGAUUCACGGCCAAAGAUCUGGUCACUAGCUCAUACUGCCACCUCGGACAGUCCCCCUACUCUAAAACGUCCUCCUCAGUACAUGCUAGACAAUCUUCAGACCCUGAAAUAUCCUCAUCACUUAAUGUUAGACAGCCCCCCGAUUAUGAAAUGCCCUUCUCAAUUAAGCUCGGAGAGUACUACGCCUUUGAAAAGUCCAAAUCAAACGAUGCCUACAACAAUAACCCCGUUAGAAAAAUCCACAACAUUAGAACCAUGUAACCCUCUAACCCCAGAAAUAAAAGAACGCUGCUACAGGCUUGAUAUGACAGAAGGAUUCGUUACUAACAAUGGAUUAGUUUCCAUUUACGCUGACCACUGGCAUCCUAGUCCUGAUUCAAGGACAUCAAGCCCCACCAAGGCUGACCCCACUUUAAACUUUGAAGCUACUCAUGUGAUAAAUACACCAGGGGAGCUUUCAGAGAAAACGGUGUGA